AUGGCUAACCAGACUCCGCGUCAUUUCACUGUGGUGAUUGUUGGCAGUGGAAUUGCAGGGAUUAGUCUAGCCCGGGCCUUGGCACACGAAGGCAUCCAUUCCAUCGUCUUGGAGAAAAGAAGCCAAGCUGCUGCAAUUGGUGGAGGUGCUUCGAUAGGCAUCUUCCCUAAUGGAGCCAAAUGGCUGGAUGAACUCGGGUUAUUUGACGAAAUCCUUCGUUCGUCCGAUCCUAUCCUGAAAUCGUAUCUCUGGAGUGAUGACGCUCUUCUUUCUCGUCGGAAUUAUCCUCGGACUGUUUUCUGCAGGCUUGGUUAUCCCAUUUUGUUCAUCCAGAGACACAUGCUCCUUGGAACAUUGCAUCACGGUCUCCCCAAGAGGUUCAUUCAGGUAGUAUACGAGAAUGAGGUCAUCUCCAUUGAGCAAAUGACAGAGAUAGUCAGUAUUACAUGCGAUGACGGAUCAGUUCUCUUUGGCUCAUUGGUGGUUGGCGCCGAUGGAAUGGGCAGCAUCGUUCAAGGGAAAAUCAAGGAACAUGACCAGUCAGAGAAUUUCAACCCCCCUGUCGAGUUCUCGUGCAUUUACGGCGUCUCAAAAUUUACCGAAAACUUCACGAAAGAUACACUGCAUCAAUCAUACAACUGGGGGUAUUCCGUGACGGCUGUGAAUAACCGUGAUGAGACAUACUGGUGUGUUUAUCUUAAAGACAACACAAGUACUGUAUCCUCUAAUGUCAAAACACACGAGCCACUGGAGACAUUGUUACAGCCCAUUCUGUUCAAGGACUUUGCAUGCGGUACAAAUCUGUCAGAGCUCCUAGCAACUGCAACCGCUCGCUGUCAUUUUCCUUUGAAGGAAAGAUUGAGUACUAAAUGGUCUCAUGGUCGCUUGGUAUCUAUAGGUGACGCCGUACAUAAACUAAGGGAGGUUGCUCAUUUCUCUGGAUGGUCCCAAACCUGGGGCAAGGAGGCAACAUGGCAAUUGAAGACGCGACAACUCUAG